UUGGCCUGCCUUUGAUGUGCGGCAACUGAUCACCGAUCAGAUUACGGGCAUUUCAUCUCCCUGCUCGUCUGCCUUUGAUCUGCAGGCUUCAUUUUCUUUUCCCGGGUUGGAGGUUUCGUCUGGGCUUGUGCCGACAUACAUUUUUGGGAAGGUACAAGAGUUGGGCGCAGAAGGGCUGCCAAGGAGAAACUCAGUUGCCGAAAAGGGUGGUGAGUCCUUGGAAAGACUUCAGCACGUUGAAGAGCUCUUCAACCAGAAAUACAUUUAAUAAGAGCAAUGGCUUCAAAGGUGCUACUCAGGCAACAGAAAUCUUUCACGGUUGUAGUUUUACUAGCCUGUUUGGCAUGUGAAGUGAUUUGUGAAACAGGAGACUGUGGACAGCAGGAAUUCAGGGACCAGUCAGGAAGCUGUGUUCUGUGCAAGCAGUGUGGGCCAGGCAUGGAGUUGUCCAAGGAAUGUGGCUUUGGCUACGGGGAGGACGCCCAGUGUGUGAAGUGCCGGCCGCACAGGUUCAAGGAGGACUGGGGCUCUCAGAAGUGCAAGCCAUGCCUGGACUGCACCCUGCUGAGCCGCUUCCAGAAGGCCAACUGCUCGGCCACCGGCGACGCCGUCUGCGGGGACUGCCUGCCUGGGUUUUACAGAAAGACAAAACUUGUUGGUUUUCAAGACAUGGAGUGUGUGCCUUGUGGAGACCCUCCGCCCCCCUACGAGCCGCACUGUACCAGCAAGGUCAACCUGGUGAGGAUCCCGUCCACAGCCUCCAGCCCGCGGGACACGGCCCUGGCGGCCGUCAUCUGCAGCGCCCUGGCCACCGUGCUGCUGGCCCUGCUCGUCCUCUGCGUCAUCUACUGUAAGCGGCAGUUCGUGGAGAAGAAGCCGAGCUGGUCCCUGAGGGCCCAGGACCUGCGGUGCAACGGCUCUGAGCUGUCCUGUUUCGACAGACCCCGGCUCGGCGCCCCUGCACCCCGCGCCUGCUGUCAGUGCCUGCGGGACUCCGCCCAGGCCUGCGGGCCUGUCCACCUCGUCCCAUCACGCUGCUGCGGUGGGGCCUGCGGCAUUGGCCAGGACGCUCCUGGUUGUCGGGGGCACUGCAAGGCCGCCCUUCAGGACAGAAACACAGGUCCAGCGGGGGAGGCCAUACCCACUUUCUUCGGGUCCCUGUCAAGGUCCCUCUGUGGUGAGUUCUCAGACGCCUGGCCUCUGAUGCAGAAUCCCAGUGGUGGUGACGACGUCUCCUCCUGCGACUCCUGCCCUGAGCUCCCUGGAGAAGACACUCACUCUCUCGACCCAGAGAGCACAAGCUUGGCUUCCCUGGACUCAGACAGCCAUCAGGGUCUGGUUGGUGGAGCGGGGCCAGUUCUAGGUCAUCCGGAAACCUUUACAGACACUACUGAUUUGUCGAGACUCAGCGACAUGCUGCCGGAGCUUGUGCGGGCUCGGGUCGUGCUCACUGCUGGAAACCAGCUGGAUCAGGGGCGAGGAGAUGCCCCACACCUGACCACACAGCCACCCGCCCAGGGGGACGAAAGGACUUGCUUCUUUCUUCAGUGAAGUGUCCAGCAGAGCCUGCGUGUGGACUCGCUGCCGUCUGGACUUCUCAUGGCUUCUGGGGAAAAAAGUGAAUCUGAACUGACCUGAUGUCAUAUAAAGCUUCUGAGCCAGGCCCACCAUGAGCCGAAACCUCGAGGAAUGGAGCCUCCAAGCUUUGCAUCUUUUCCGCACAAGGAGUGUCUGAGCGGGAGGCCAACUUCAGAGACGCAGUGGGCCGGGUUUGCGGCCUCCGAGCUUCGGGGUAUAAUGAGAAGCAGAAACAGUCAUGCUUCUUUUCAUGGUGGAUGUGGUGGUUUGACGAGACUGAAGGCCCAGAGUAUAACUUUUCAUUCACACUCUCUGGAAAUAAUUUCGCAUCUCCUACUAAAAGUCAAUGUCAGAUCGGUUACCUAGUUUUUACGUAGGAUGGGUUCACAGGUAAGUGUUUCUAUGUACUGGAGGUUACCUUUUCAUCAUCUGAAUAAUCAGCGUGGGAGGUUAGAAUGGACCUCCCACGGCCUGCCUGAGUCUUGGCUCAUCAGAUGGUGGCCUGAGAAUCAGAAGAGAUCAAGUCUUACAGAAUCGACACUUCUCCAUCAGCCACUGUCUCAUCAACCCCAGCUGAGUUAAUGACAGGAGGGGCCUGAGUUAGCGAACGUGGUUGGGAAAGGGCUACCCAACCCCUCCCCCGAGUUAAAAGCUCCUUAAUCCUCAUCCUAGAUUAGCAGAUUUCCUCGAAAAUCCACUGAUAUGGAAGCAUUUGUUACUUCUGUCCCUGGGACUAAGCUCAAAAGAUCCAGAUUUUCUCUUCUAUAGAAAAGCGGUAUUUAUAAUAAUCUUUUGUUUGCAUCGUGUUUUAUAAUAAAGGCUCUAGAAAUGCCAGCACAUGGUGUGUCCAUGCUCCUGAAACACGAUGCCAGGUGAGUAGUCUUAGCAGACGACUCUGCGUAUUAGGACCAGGAGAAUAAGCACAGCGAGGUGGACAGAUUGUAACCGCCGUCGUGUCGUCUGAUCAGCACGUUACAGAGCUCCCUCCAAUCUCCUAAGCUGGGUCAGCACAGCAGUUUCCACUGCAGCCCAGUGACGCUGGAUUGAAGAGUCCAGUGCUUCUACGAAGGCGAUCCACCCCCGCCACCUUGGUGUUGACGUACGAGAAUUUGCUCUACAGCUAAGACAGAAACCCAGCUCAGUCGUGAACCAGGGGACGGCUCCUUAGCUCUUCAUCUCUGCACGCUGGAGAGGAUUUAUUUGAGCAGGAUUUCUUUCUUUUCCUACCACGUUCAUAAUCAGUCCUGGCUGUUGCCUUUUAAGUGAUGUCUAUUAGCUUUGUUCCAUUUGCCCUUAAAAAAGACAUAAAUCUUCAAACAUCCAUGCGUUAGAGAAUGCUCACAUAUUUUGUUUCCGAGUUUCCGUCUACCUGGCGCCCAGCCAGAGUUAACUGACUUCGUUUUUCUCUUCCUUUUUUUUUUUGUCUAAACCAAUGAUUCUUAAGCUCUGGGCAUGCACCAGCUCUUCUGAGAUGUGCCUGUAGGAAACUCAUGCAAAGUACUUAGAAUCUGAGCACAAGAGGGCCAGGAAAAUGCAGAUUUCGGCUUAAGUCACAUGUGCUGUAGUCUGCAAUCCAAUCACUUUUGUUACAACAGGGUAGGCCAGGGCUGCGUUCCUUUUUUCUAACCAGAGUAUAUCUUCCAUGUGUAGAGCCCUCAAUAAUGUCAAAGGCAAACACUUGGAGGAGAAAGCUAAGAUUGAUGGAAAAGAGGCUCUGGCUCCAAAUCUGGAAACAUCACUUUUGAAAAAUAGAGAUAUUGUUGUUGUUGUUUAGUUGCUAAGUCGUGUCUGACUCCUUGUGACCCCAUGGACUAUAGUCGACCAGACUUCUCUAUCCAUGGGGAUUCUCCAGGCAAGAAUACUGGAGUGGGUUGCUAUUUCCUGCUCCAGGGGAUCUUCCCAGCCCAAGGAUUGAACCUGCGUCUUCUGCAUUGGUAGGCAGAUUCUUUACGGCUAAGCCACCAGGGAAGCCCAGUAGAGAAAAUUAGGGUUACAAAUGGAUUUUAUUUGAUACAACAUUUGAAAAAAUCCUGGGUUAUUUUAAUCAAGAUGAAGACAUUGUCCUACCACGUACUGUGGGAACAGACAAUGAUGUUAUAGCCUGUGCUCUUUGUAAACACUGGAAAGGACAGUCCAGCUGGCAUCUCACAUCAUUGGAAUAUUGGCAGCACUCAGAUAAAACCAGCUGCCGGCAUGCCAGGAAAUCAGCAUCAGGUGAUAACAGGACUGGGCGUGCGAAUCCUCGCUACUUUCUGCACCACAGAAACUCACCAACAAGGAUGAGAUGAGGAUUGGACAGCAACCACAGAAAGGCAUGGAUUUUCUGAUUUUGUGUAUAUGGAAUAUAUUUUUCCAAUAUUGAUUUUUCUACUUUAGAUAAAGUGUUCAUGUUGCUGUUACCUAGGUCAAGCACUGUUGUCUGUGCUAAUAAAAAAAAAAGAAAAAAAAAUAGAAAAGGAAAAAAUCCCAUCAUUGCUUUAAGGCAGUUGGCUUGCAUCCAUUUAGACCUCAUCUUGACUAUU